AUGGACACCUAUCUGAGAACUGUCAACAACUCAAACUACCGGAGGCCUUUUCUCAAUUUUCAGGAGAGGCUGUCGCAGGUCUGGCUAAACAAGUACACGAUCGUGAUGAUCCUGAUGCUAUUCAAGCUUCUGCUUUUUCGGAUCUCACUCAAUACGUCUCUAGAACAGGCAAGAAAACAGACUUAUAGCAUUUGUUCAAAUGCAGAGACCUACGCCUCUUCACUGGCCAGCGUUCCACAUUAUAUAUCCAAAAGCGCAAACGUGAUGAUAGCCAAGGGCUUGAGCGAAGCUAACAAGGGCUUUAUGGAAAUUCUUGACAUGGUUUUGACCAGCUCAAAAGGGUUGAUUAUGUUUGCCAUUGAGAUGACCAUCGGAACGUAUGUUUGUGUGCUUACAGCAACAGUGGAUGCCACCGCGGAGGUUGCUUUGAACGCUACCGAGAGCGUUAUUUCACUGGCCAACGACACGGUAAAGUCGUUUGCCGAGGAACUGCAGGAUGGACUGGACGGUGUUUCAAAAGUGGUCAAUGCUCUGAUUAAGACGUACGAGGAUGUGAAGGAUAUUUUUGACGACGACGAUGACUCGGACGUGAGCAGCAGCAUGAAUAAGGUCAAUCUAACUAUCUCGUCGCUCAAGAAUUGGCAGAUUCCGGGAUCCAUCAACACCAAGUUGGAAAGUCUGUCCAAAAGCGUUCCAGAUUUUGACGACGUUAUGAAUUACACUGAAGGCCUUGUAAGUGAGCCGUUUGAAUAUAUGAAGGAAAAGGUGUCGUUGCGUCUUGACCACGAGUUUGACGCCGACGAGUUGCUGGUCCCGGACAAAAAGACCAUGACCUUUUGUGCUGGCUCCGGAAUAGACGACUUUUACGAGGACCUUGCUGACUUGCUGCGGAAAGCAUCCAAUAUCAUAUUUAUUGUUCUCGUUUUCGCAGCCCUAGGAUUCAUUGCGUUCGAGAUAUUCAUGGAAAAAAAGCAGUGGGACCGCAUCCGAAAUAUUGGUACCAAUUUCCACCAAAUCGAGGCAACCGCAGCAACUAAGCACAAAGAUGAGCUUGCAGCAGAGCUUGUCGACAUGUCACGCAAUCGAUACAGUUUCCUAAUAGGGCAAAAACUGGGGAAAUUGUUUUUCGGGCCGAGUGUCACACGACUCAACACCGUGCGGUGGGUGGUUAACUACAUUUCUAGUGACCGAAUGUUGCCAGUAUUGCUGCUUGCGCUGGCCGGAAUAGCAACAUUCAUAUUGCAGCUGAUUUUGCUGGAUCUGCUUUCAAGAAAAGAUACCUCUGCUCUUGACUCUAGUUUCAAGUCGAUAGGGUCGCAGAUACGCUCCAAUGUGAACGAUUCUCUUGUUGAGUGGGCAAAUGACACGAAUCUAUACAUUUCCGAUCAGGAGGCCUCAAUUAAUGAUGACGUCUUGGGCUGGAUACACAACAGCACGGGCUCACUCAACGCGACUCUAGGAGAGUUUGUCGACGAGAUGAACGGCAAGAUCUCUGACGUUUUUGGCAACACUCCGCUAUACCCAUAUGUGAGCGGCAUUGUUGGGUGCACAGUGACGCGAAAAAUCCAGAAAGUCGAAAAGGCACUUUCAUGGAUCCACAACCACUCGCAAGUGUCGUUUCCGCGAAUAGACCCUGCGGAUUUCAAUUUGACCGACUCUAAGGACUCUGGUUCUGUUGAUCAGUAUCUGGAUGACACCAAAUCAACGUUGGCAACAACCAGGGAUAAAUUGGUGGAAAAGUAUAAAGCCUCGUUAAGAAUCGAGCUGUACAUAUCUAUGGUGCUGUUGGGAAUAUGGCUCUUAUUCCUUGUGGCUGCCUUGUUUAUGGCCUGGCUGCUGCCUCCAAAAAAAGACACAACAGAAAGCAUCAACACGUUCGAAACCAAGCAAACUUGGCAAAACACAAUGCAAUCAGGAUCAUCGCUCGCCGUCCCCGAAAAAUUGAAAUUCAGAGACGUUGAUCCUGAGUCACACGAGUUUUUCGCAGGCCCUGGCAAUAUAAAUCAAACACUACAACAGCUGCUGAUGAGGUUGCGCUACAAUGGGAAACGGGAGUCCGCUAGCAGUCUGGACUCGUUCGAGACUGUUGUCACUUUCCAGCCAGAUUAUGGGCCUCGCCAUCUGGGAGAUUCUUCUACUUCCUUUGCAGACCCAACCAUUGAUACUGCGCGACGCUGGACUCCCUAA